GGAGUUGUAGUUCUUUUGGUUUGAUAGGUGACGCCGGUAAAGGCUAGUAGUUGGAGACAGUUAGCGGUGACUGCGUUUGAUCUCUGCCGCCAGCAUCAUGUCUCGUGUACUGGUGCCCUGUCAUGUGAAAAGCACCGUAGCCCUGCAAGUGGGCGACAUGAGGACCAACCAAGGUCGGCCUGGCGUGCUGGUCGUCGAUGUCACCUUUCCUAACGUCUCGCCUUUCGAGUUGCAGGAGAUCACAUUUAAGAAUUACUACACAGCUUUCUUGAGCAUCCGUGUUCGUCAACAUACUCCACUGCACACACCAUCCAAGUGGGUAACUUGUCUGCGGGACUACUGUUUGAUGCCUGACCCACACAGUGAGGAGGGAGCCCAGGAGUAUGUAUCACUGUUCAAGCACCAGAUGCUGUGUGAUGUGACCAGAGUACUAGAGCUGCGUCUGAUACUGCAGCAGCCAUCACCACUGUGGCUGUCUUUCACAGUUGAGGAACUGCAAAUCUACCAGCAGGGACCGAAGAGUCCCUCCUUGACUUUCCCCAAGUGGCUUUCCCACCCAGUGUCCAGUGAGCAGCCUACUCCCCGCCUUGAGGGUCUCCCAGACCCCAGCAGAGUAUCCUCCGAAGUACAACAGAUGUGGGCACUGACAGAGAUGAUUCGGGCUAGUCACACUUCCACGAGGAUCGGCCGCUUUGAUGUGGAUGGCUGCUACGAUCUGAAUUUGCUCUCCUACACAUGAGCAGCAGCUUCUACUUGAGACAUUGGCCUUCUGGGCCCAUCAAGGCGUGGUUUGGCCACUGGAGGCUGAAGUGUGUUCCCUCCACAUCCAAGUUUUAUCUGGGUCAAAGGAAUUUUUGAGUUCACCUCGUUUUAGCAUGAAUUCUUAGUGGGGGCACUUUCUGUCUUUGUUUGACAUGCAAAUUCAGUUUCUUCCUCUCUGAAGUUACAGGUUCUACUUAGAACCGUCCUGCCCCUCCUGCCAGGACGCACACCCGUCGUCUACCAUUUUCCCCAUGUUGAGAUAAACCUGUUUCAUGUAGCCUAGGAAGGCCACUGCUGUUUCAACACUCAUGACCUGGGAAGCUUGAGGAAGAGAUGCCCCCUAUUCAUUCUUCUGCUUCUGCCGGUGGCCUUUUUCUUUUGUAUUAUAUCCAUAAAAAAGAAAAUGUCUCGGGGCAGUGUUGGUGCACACCUUUAAUCCCAACACUCGGGAGGCAGAGCCAAGUGGAUCUCUGUGAGUUUGAGGCCAGCCUGGUCUACAGAGGGAGAUCCAGGACAGGCACCAAAACUAUACAGAGAAAAUCCUGUCUCAAAAAACAAAACAAAACAAAGAAAAAAGAAAGAAAAUGUCUUAGAUCCUGGCAUGGUGGCACACACCGUUAACGUCAGCACUUGUGAGUUCAGGCCAUCCUGGUUUUACACAGUGAAUCCCAGGCCAGUCAGGGAUACACAGGAAGACUCUGUCUUUAGGGGAUGGGGGAAGAAAAAGAAAAUGCUCCUCUUUAAAUAAAUGUGUCUAUUACUGGCCUGGGAGGCAGAGCUGGGGUUUGGGGGACCGUGAGUGCUUGAGCCUCUGAGCUGGUUCCUGAAAUGUGUUCUCCGUCAGUUCUGGACAGGUGCUUUUGGCACAGCUGGGGCCUGAGAAUGAGACCUCCAGUCUACUUGUCAUCAGCUUCAGCAGGAAGCACGUCAAUGACCCUCUUCCCAGUUGCUCCUUGCCAGUCACGCUUAGGAUGAUGCGAGAUCAACCUUGGGGGUAGUGAGUCCAAGUGAAGGUUUCACUGAUGCCCUUGAGAGGCUGAGGUCCUCCACCGCCCCAGAGCAACCACUAAAUGAUGAAGGCUGCUGCUCUUGCCUGUGAUAAAACCCAGUUUCCCGCUAGUUCUUCCUGACAGUGUCCCUGGGAACUAUUAUAAAGCGGUGCUGCACGGUGUCUUGGACCUGGAAAAUUGAACAUGUGUAUGUGCAACAGUUUUUUGGAAAAGUCUAGCUUUUGGUAGCUACCCUUCAUUCUUGCCAAUCAGCCUUCUUGAAGGUAGUGUCUUCACCUGCAAGAUCAUCCUUUAAGCCUAUUCCGUUUUUGCUGAAAGGGUGCUCACCACAGUGCUGUGUUCAGGGAACAAUGGUCUGCAGCAUGCAUGAGUAAACAGGAUUCCGGGGUGGCCGAGAGCAUGCGUAAUUCAUCCCUGUGUUCCAAAACCCCAGCACUGGACCUACCGUGCAGCAAGAUAAUAAAUACUUGUGGACUAUG